CCUUGUCGUCCUCCCCCCCCCUUAGGAACAAGUGGAGUACGUUUUCCUCAUCAUCUUCACGGUGGAGACGUUCCUGAAGAUCAUUGCCUACGGCCUGGUGCUGCACCCCAGCGCCUACAUCCGCAACGGCUGGAACCUCCUCGACUUCGUCAUCGUCAUCGUGGGGCUUUUCAGCGUCAUCCUGGAGCAGGUGUCCCACAAACCGGGUGAAGCUCAUCACAUGAGCGGCAAACCGGGCGGCUUCGACGUCAAAGCUCUGCGCGCCUUCCGCGUCCUGAGACCCCUGCGCCUCGUCUCCGGCGUUCCCAGUCUCCACAUCGUCCUCAACUCCAUCAUGAAGGCCAUGGUGCCGCUGCUGCACAUCGCCCUGCUGGUGCUUUUCGUCAUCAUCAUCUACGCCAUCAUCGGCCUCGAGCUCUUCAUCGGCCGCAUGCACAAGACCUGUUUCUUCAUCGGUUCUGGUGAGGGUUGCCCCUCUUUCCCCCUCCCACCAGGAUCUUUGACGGACCCCCCCCCUAAAAUUCGCCCAGGACUCCCCCCCAUCCCCAUUGGAU